UCUCUCUUGUAGUCACCUACCCUUCCUUUCUCUCAUUACCCAUCCGGCCACUUUAGUGCUUAUUAACAAGAUUUUUCCUUAUUCAACCGUGACAACAUUUCGGGCGUAUUUUAUCCAAUUGACCGUGGACACUAUGUAUUUGUUGGUUCUCCAUCGGUCGUAAAUGAUUUGUGUCAAGCGCGAGAAAAACACGGAUCCGCCGCCGCCGCUGCUGUGAUGGAGAGGCGGUGCGUGUCAGAGCGGGGCGGCUAGACGGCCUGCAAGCCUCGGACUGGACUAUCAGCCGUGACUGAGCUGGAGAACACCAACAGCGAUAGCCAACGACAACCCACCGGUACUUUCCCAAAUAAACUUAUAAUUCAAAACCAGCAAUUCGGAUCAAGAUCUGAAUUAUGAUGGACAUUUACAAGGGGCCUUAACAUCAAUUCGAGGAGAACGAGGGUCGUGAUUUUUUUGGUAUUAAAGAUUGCGAGGACGACAAAUCAUGCCUCCAAGACCCUCCUCAGGAGAACUAUGGGGCAUCCAUUUGAUGCCCCCCAGAAUUCUGGUGGACUGUUUGCUGCCCAAUGGCAUGAUCCUAACGCUGGAGUGUCUCCGGGAGGCCACCCUUAUCACAAUCAAGCAUGAACUGUUUAAGGAGGCUAGGAAGUAUCCCCUCCACCACCUGCUGCAGGAGGAAACCUCCUAUAUCUUCGUCAGCGUCACGCAAGAGGCGGAGCGCGAGGAGUUCUACGAUGAGACGCGAAGGCUUUGUGACCUCCGGCUAUUCCAGCCCUUCCUGAAGGUCAUCGAACCUGUGGGGAACAGAGAGGAAAAAAUCCUCAAUAGAGAAAUCGGUUUUGCCAUCGGUAUGCCGGUUUGCGAGUUUGACCUAGUGAAGGAUCCUGAGGUCCAAGACUUCAGGAGAAAUAUUCUUAAUGUCUGCAAAGAUUCGGUAGAGCUGCGAGACGUGGGUGGACCACACAGUCGGGCGCUAUACGUUUAUCCUCCUAAUGUGGAGUCUACACUAGAGCUUCCAAAGCACAUAUAUGGCAAAUUAGACAAAGGUCAAAUCAUUGUGGUUAUCUGGGUGAUCGUCUCUCCCAACAACGACAAGCAGAAGUACACGCUGAAAAUCAAUCACGAUUGCGUACCUGAGCAGGUGAUCGCCGAAGCCAUCAGGAAGAAAACGAGAAGCAUGCUGCUAUCGGCCGAGCAGCUGAAGAUGUGCGUGCAGGAAUAUCAGGGCAAGUACAUCCUUAAAGUCUGCGGCUGUGAUGAGUACCUGCUGGAGAAAUACCCCAUCAGUCAGUACAAGUAUGUGCGUAGUUGCAUUAUGCUGGGUCGAAUGCCAAACCUCAUGCUUAUGUCCAAGGACAGCCUUUACUCACAGCUGCCCAUGGACAACUUCACCAUGCCCUCCUACGCCCGCCGGAUCUCCACCGCAACGCCUUACAUGAACGGAGAGGCUUCAACCAAAUCCCUCUGGACCAUCAACAGCACUCUGAGGAUAAAGGUCCUCUGCGCCACAUACGUCAAUGUAAACAUUCGGGACAUCGACAAGAUUUAUGUGCGGACAGGGAUUUACCAUGGAGGAGAGCAAUUGUGCGAUAACGUAAACACACAACGUGUCCCGUGUUCAAACCCGAGGUGGAACGAGUGGCUGACCUAUGACAUGUACAUUCCUGAUGUUCCUAGGGCGGCUCGUCUCUGUCUCUCCAUCUGUUCUGUGAAAGGAAGGAAGGGGGCAAAAGAGGAGCACUGUCCACUGGCCUGGGGGAACGUCAACCUGUUCGACUACACACACACUCUGGUCUCAGGAAAGAUGGCACUGAACCUGUGGCCUGUACCACACGGCCUAGAAGACCUCCUCAAUCCUAUCGGGGUUACGGGAUCCAACCCUAACAAGGAAACCCCAUGUCUUGAGCUGGAGUUUGACUAUUUCAGCUCACCUGUUAAGUAUCCCGACAUGGCCACGAUUGAAGACCACGCUAACUGGAUCAUAUCCAGGGAGAUGGGGUACAAUUACUGUCAGUCUGGACCGAGCAGCAGGCUGGCGCGAGACCACGCCAUGACAGAUGUGGACAUAGAACAACUUCGGCAGCUGAGCAAUAGGGACCCGCUUUCUGAAAUGACUGAGCAGGAGAAAGACUUCCUAUGGAGGCACAGGCAGUAUUGUGUUAAUAUACCAGAAGUCCUGCCGAAGAUUCUGCUGGCGGUGAAGUGGAACUCUAGAGAUGAAGUUGCACAGAUGUUUUGUCUUCUAAAAGACUGGCCAGCAAUAAAGCCAGAGCAAGCCAUGGAGUUACUUGACUGUAAUUAUCCUGAUCCAAUGAUCCGAGACUUCGCAGUCCGAUGCCUUGAGAAGUAUCUGACUGAUGACAAACUCUCUCAGUACCUCAUUCAGCUGGUUCAGGUUUUGAAGUAUGAGCAGUAUCUUGAUAACCCUCUGGUACGGUUUCUGCUGAAAAAAGCUCUUACCAACCAGAGGAUCGGACACUUCUUCUUUUGGCAUUUAAAGUCAGAAAUGCACAAUAAAACCGUGAGUCAGCGGUUUGGUCUGCUGCUGGAGUCGUACUGCCGGGCCUGUGGCAUGUACCUGAAGCACCUGAGCAGACAGGUGGAAGCCAUGGAGAAGCUUAUCAACCUCACAGACAUCCUCAAGCAGGAAAAGAAGGAUGAAACUCAGAAGGUGCAAAUGAAGUUCCUGGUGGAGCAGAUGAGGAGGCCGGACUAUAUGGAUGCCCUCCAAAAUUUCACCUCUCCACUCAACCCCGCCCACCAGCUUGGUAACCUACGACUUGAAGAUUGCAGGAUCAUGUCUUCGGCCAAGAGACCUCUGUGGCUGAACUGGGAGAAUCCAGACAUAAUGUCUGAACUUUUGUUCCAGAACAAUGAGAUCAUCUUUAAGAACGGAGAUGACCUGCGGCAGGACAUGCUGACGCUGCAGAUCAUCAGGAUAAUGGAGAACAUUUGGCAGAAUCAGGGACUGGACCUGAGAAUGCUCCCCUACGGCUGUCUUUCUAUUGGUGACUGUGUGGGUCUGAUAGAGGUGGUGAGGAGUUCUCAUACCAUCAUGCAAAUUCAGUGUAAAGGAGGUUUAAAGGGGGCGCUACAGUUUAACAGCUCAACACUACAUCAGUGGUUAAAGGACAAGAACAAGGGCGAGAUGUACGAUAUGGCCAUCGACUUGUUCACGCGAUCAUGUGCUGGUUAUUGUGUGGCCACCUUCAUUUUAGGUAUCGGUGAUCGACACAAUAGUAACAUCAUGGUGAAGGAAGACGGACAGCUGUUUCAUAUAGACUUCGGUCACUUUUUGGACCACAAGAAGAAGAAGUUUGGCUACAAACGAGAGCGAGUGCCCUUCGUCUUAACUCAAGACUUCUUAAUUGUGAUCAGCAAAGGAACCCAAGAGUGCACGAAAACCAGAGAGUUUGAGAGGUUUCAAGAGAUGUGCUACAAGGCCUAUUUGGCCAUCAGGCAGCACGCCAACUUGUUCAUAAACCUCUUCUCCAUGAUGCUGGGCUCAGGCAUGCCAGAGCUGCAGUCUUUUGACGACAUCGCUUACAUCCGCAAGACUCUGGCACUGGACAAAACCGAGCAGGAGGCCCUGGACUAUUUCAUGAAGCAGAUGAAUGACGCUCACCAUGGCGGAUGGACCACUAAGAUGGACUGGAUUUUCCACACCAUCCGGCACCAUGCCCAAAACUGAGCCCAGACAGAUCCCAGCCCACAUGUGGAACUUUUAAUCUGAUUAUGGGCAGAAAUUUGACCUUUUUAGGACAUCCUGCCCCGUUUAUGCCAUGGAGCAUCAUGGCAUUCAAACCUCAUGUACAAAUGACCUUCAGAGCACUAAAACAAUCCAGAAGAACAUUUUUGUCCUGUUCUUUAGUCCUCUCUUCUGGUGUCUGUAUAAUCUGUAUGAAUCUUUUGCCCAGAGUUGUACAUUAUAGCCGUCAGUUUUAUUCCCCCUCAUCCCCUCACGCUGCUCUUUUCCUGGAGAGUUAUUUGUUAUUAUUAAUAUAUAUUAUAUUUUGUUCUGGGGGAAAUUGAACCUUGUUCGAGGAAAACGUUCUGCACUCUUCAGUAGCCUUUGUGGGGGUGUCCAUGUCUUCCUUAUCAAACUACAAAUGCCUUCUAAUAUGCACGGAACCUCUGAGAACACACAAAAAAAAACAGGGUAUGAAACUUUCUGGUCUGCUACCUGGCCUUUCUUUCCAAAACCAACGCGAAUUCCCUGAAAGGCAGUGAGAGGCAUAGCAGUUAGAAAGCGAUGGUGCUUAUUUUGUCCUGGUGUCGUGGUCCUGUCCUUUGAGUUCUCUUGACUGUAGGGGCCUUUGAAAUAGAGGGUUGAUUAGGUUUUGUGUUCCUUUCUUAUAUGCACAGCGAGCUAAGAUGAUAGCCUGAGUAUCUUUUUAUGCACUGGACAUGAACUCUUUUUAUUUUAGUUUGUUACGUUUUUAUGCUUUUUCAUUUUUGCCUCAUAGUAGCACUACAUACUCAUAAAAAUCUCAACAUACAACAUUUACAUUUCAUACUUUAAGCAUACAUGCACAAAUGCAUUUUUUGGAAAUUGAACCCAAGAGGCAGAGUUGCAAGCACAGGCGUCUACUUACAAUAUCAAAGUUAAGAAAGUGUGUUAUCCAAAGACAACAGAUUGCGUAACUGACACAAAUAAGAACUAUGAUUGUUCAUCUGCCAACCAAGCGGAGGUCUCAGCCUCAAAGUUAACAAACAUUCAACCGACUACCACAUGUCGGUCUAUCGAUAAAGUCGUUUCACCACUUCGACGUGAUGUUCAGUGUACACAACACUAGAAGAAUCCAGGUUAUCUGCAGCAGCUCUAUGUGUUUUUUGGUUGUCCAGUAUGCGCACAGUAACAAUUGUCCUUCCAGACUCGCUGACAGAGUGCAGAUACGAAGCCUUAAUACACUCACGUAGUAUAAAUGAAAGCUCUCGUCUGUGUUUUAGAGCGAACAAAGUACACUAAAGUACUAAAGGACUAAAGUAUAGUACAGUACAGCGCAGUGCAGUGUAACUACAUAUACAGUAUAUCAUACAUGCAUAUAUAUGUAUACAUAGUGGUCAAUGGACAGUGAAUGUUUUAAGGAUGUCUCGGGUGUUAUGAGUUUUAAAAAGAAAUAAGGAACUUGUUAUCUUUAAUGUCGUGUCUUAAGGAUAACAAAAGUGGAAAAGUCCCUCCACUGUCUUGCACAAUCCUAAUCGAGCUGGGAUGUAGAUAAAGGAAGAAAGCUUCGAGCGCCCUCUUGAGACAGGUUAAGUGCCUUGCUUUGGGCUAAAGGGGGGGGGAAUACAGAGGUAUCAGCAUUAUUCGGCUUAAGUGUUUGAAGAUUUUCUGCCCCCUCAUCUCAUCAGUUCAUAUCCAUCGAUAGACAUCUGUCGUAUUUCUAAAUUACUUUUGAAGCUGUGAAAAUGUACAUUUUGUGAAUUAGGUGCAAUUGUGCUAUUUAAAUGGAUAUAUAGCUACUGGCAGGAAACUCUUGAAUACUGUUUCAUUCACAUACACACCACUCUCCUUUUAUCUGUAUGUUACAUUACCGAAAUCAGAUACCUGCAUAACCACCUGAAAUGGUCAAGUCUGCGUUUUUUUCUCUCUCUGUUUGUUUAAUUUAUGCAUGUAGGAAAAGCUGAAGGAAACAUGAGUUUACACAUAUAAUCUAAGUUUUCUGCUGAAAUAUUUGGCAACAAUCCAAAUCAUCCGAUCCAAAAGCAAUUUUUUUUUAUACUGUUUGAAUUCUAGCGCGUGUCUGCGGCCUAUGCAUUCAUUUGCUAUACAUGAGGUUAGCUUUUUAUAUAUGUUGUUGUAACUACAAACAAUGAACAGACGUACACUUGGCCUGAUGUAUACAGGAGGUCUUCGACUUAUUUCUUUCUUUUCUUUGCCUUCAGUUCAGACGGACGCCUGAGUCUCCUGCAUGUUUUUCUAAAGAGAAUAAAACUACGUUCUCCAGUACUGCCUGGAGGUCAGCUGCAUUAGAAAUUCAUAGUCAUUGUAAGCAGCCUUACGUUAGCUCUCCUAAAGCCAUUUAAUGCAUGGUUCUGUUGAAUUCUGUGUCUCUCUUAUCUGUACAGGUUACAGAUCAUGGGCUGGACCCGCUAUAAAAGCCCAUUCAAAAAUGUCUGAUGUGAUCAGUAGCAAAAGUAAAUAUUGAGAUGCAGAAUUAUGGAGUCUUUUGUAUAACAAAGAAAAAUGAAAAAAAAAAUGUUUAGAAUCAGUUGUACUUGAAUAUUAUUGCUCGGAUCCGUCUUCGUGUGUCAAGAACAAUCCGUCAAUGUUACAUGGCACUGAAGGUUCUCAUGCUUUGGCAAUUUCAUACCGAUUGUGAAUGUCUAAAGGGUUUGGUCAGGCGUCCCCUGCUUCGGUUAGAAACUCUACUACACCAAUAUAAAGAGAGACCAGACCAUUUGUGUUUAUAAUAUAUUUGCUACUAUGCGAAGUCUGAUAGAUGGAGAAUUUAUAAGAUGAGAUUUAAUAGAAGUUAAAAUGGGAAUUCUGUUAUCUUCUGAAAUGCUUCAAGUGGUUGGAUUUCUCUCUCUGUAUUGAUGUUGCUUUGUACUACUUUCUGUAUCAAAUUUAGAUGUCAUAAAAUAUUAUUUUCUUUACUAUCACUAUCAUGAAAUUAUAUAUAGAGGGCCAAAUACUUUUCAUUACCUCUUUCCUUUCUUGCAUGAGAUUGACAAAUGAAAAAGGAAAAAAUUUGGAAAGUUGCCCUUGUUUUUUUGUUCAUUAUGUGUAGAUGUAAGAGAUUUUUGGUCUGCAUUUGGUAGAAACCAUCUAUGAACUCAUCAGUUACAAAUCCUCACGUUCAUUUUUUUGUUUGGUUUCAUUGUGCAACUCGGUUCAAAAGUAGGUUUGUAUCCAGUCUGUCUUCAAUUUUUUGUGUGUUAUGUGACUAUGUACAAAUAAACGUAUUUAAGAAAAAUACGGAUUCUUA